AUGGGCGGUGCUGUGGCGACCUGCAGUUCCCGGCUGCCCGUGCGGCGGCGGUGGUUGGGUGGUAAGAUGGCGGCUGUGAGUCUGCGGCUCGGCGACUUGGUGUGGGGAAAACUGGGCAGGUAUCCUCCCUGGCCGGGAAAGAUUGUUAAUCCACCCAAGGACUUGAAGAAACCACGUGGAAAGAAAUGCUUCUUUGUGAAGUUUUUUGGAACAGAAGAUCAUGCUUGGAUCAAAGUUGAACAGCUAAAGCCUUAUCAUGCUCAUAAAGAGGAAAUGAUUAAGAUCAACAAGGGCAAACGGUUCCAGCAAGCUGUGGAUGCCGUUGAAGAGUUCCUCAGGAGAGCCAAAGGGAAAGACCAGACAUCAUCCCACACUUCUGCUGAUGACAAGAAUCGGCGUAAUUCCAGUGAGGAGAGAAGUAGGCCAAACUCAGGUGAUGAAAAGCGCAAGCUUAGCCUGUCUGAAGGGAAGGUGAAGAAGAACAUGGGAGAAGGAAAGAAGAGAGUGACUUCAGGCUCUGCAGAGAGAGGCUCCAAAUGCUCUCUGAAAAGAGCCCAAGAGCAAAGUCCCCGGAAGCGGGGUCGGCCCCCAAAGGACGAGAAGGACCUCACCAUUCCUGAGUCUAGUACCGUGAAAGGGAUGAUGACUGGACCAAUGGCUGCAUUUAAAUGGCAACCGACUGCAAGUGAGCCCGUCAAAGAUGCAGAUCCUCAUUUCCAUCAUUUCCUGCUGAGCCAAACUGAGAAGCCAGCUGUCUGUUACCAAGCAAUCACAAAGAAGUUGAAAAUAUGUGAAGAGGAAACUGGCUCAACCUCCAUCCAGGCAGCAGACAGCACAGCUGUGAACGGCAGCAUCACACCCACAGACAAAAAGAUAGGAUUUUUGGGCCUUGGCCUAAUGGGAAGUGGCAUUGUCUCCAACUUGCUAAAAAUGGGUCACACAGUAACUGUCUGGAACCGGACUGCAGAGAAAUGUGAUUUGUUCAUCCAGGAGGGGGCCCGCCUAGGAAGAACCCCCGCUGAAGUCGUUUCAACUUGUGACAUCACUUUCGCCUGUGUGUCGGAUCCAAAGGCAGCCAAGGACCUGGUACUGGGCCCAAGUGGUGUACUACAAGGAAUCCGCCCCGGGAAGUGCUAUGUGGACAUGUCAACGGUGGAUGCAGACACAGUCACUGAGCUGGCCCAGGUGAUUGUAUCCAGAGGGGGGCGCUUUCUGGAAGCCCCAGUCUCAGGGAAUCAGCAAUUGUCCAAUGACGGGAUGUUGGUGAUCUUGGCAGCAGGAGACAGGGGUUUAUAUGAGGACUGCAGCAGCUGUUUCCAGGCAAUGGGAAAGACCUCCUUCUUUCUAGGUGAAGUUGGCAAUGCAGCCAAGAUGAUGCUGAUUGUGAACAUGGUCCAAGGAAGCUUCAUGGCCACCAUCGCUGAGGGCCUGACACUGGCCCAGGUGACAGGCCAGUCACAGCAGACACUCUUGGACAUCCUCAAUCAGGGACAGUUGGCCAGCAUCUUCCUGGACCAGAAGUGCCAAAAUAUUCUGCAAGGAAACUUUAAACCUGACUUCUACCUGAAAUACAUUCAGAAGGAUCUCCGCCUGGCCAUUGCACUGGGCGAUGCUGUCAACCACCCAACUCCCAUGGCAGCUGCAGCCAAUGAGGUGUACAAAAGAGCCAAGGCACUGGACCAGUCUGACAAUGAUAUGUCUGCCGUGUACCGAGCCUACAUACACUAAGCCUCACCACCGUCCACCCCUCCUAUCUUCUCUUUGGCCCCUCUUCCCAAUGUGGGGUUAGGGAGCUGGGACUUAGCUCUGGACCAGUCUCCUGUCUCCAUUUCCUUUUAUACAAACUUUGAGACUUGCAUCAGUACAGCACACAGCAGCACUCUCCCUCCCUGAGGUCCUGGGCAGGGAGUGAGGGCCUUAACAGGUGGCUAUCUAGAAGCUCUUGAGCUGGGCAUUGGCCCUGGAGGAGCAGGAGGCUGUGUACUUUUUGUGUUUCUCUCGUAUUGUUUCUCUCUCUCUCUCUCUCUCUCUCUCUCUCUCUCUCCCCCCCUCUCUCCCCCCUCUCUUUCCUCUCUCCCUCUCCCUCCCCCGCCCUCUCACCCCAGGAUAGAAGCUGCCCAGAAACUGCUGCCUGGCUUUUCUUUCAAGCUUGUCCUGUCCUGGCCUCAUUCUGGCCAAGAAACUAUCAAGGAACUACAGGAACUAGAAUUGGUGGGGAACACUGGAAGCUUUCCCUCUGCUUCCCCAGGGCAGGCGCUGGCCAGGGGUCCAAGGCCCCCCACAGGAUCCCUGGAAGAAGAGGCCCUGGGCCAGUGUGAACCAGCAGACUCCCUACAGAGGGCCUCCAGCCAAGGUGGAUUUUCCUAUAGAGACUACCAAUGAGCAGUAGCUCUCAGAAUGCUUUUGUGAACCUGAGAGAGACCAGCAUGGCCGCACAAACCACCUCUGCAUGGGGAGCAGAAUUUGCAGACUCAUUGCUGUUGGUUCUGGGAAGCCUAUACCUCCCAGGUGGGGAGCCAGCUCCUCCCAGGCAAUUUUGGUGUUUGGAUUUGCAUUCCAGCCCUUGGAAAGGGGUCCUGAGGGCACUGGGAGCAGUGGAGAAUGGAAGUUGCUCCUUCCUGUUUCCGUUAUGACAGCCUUCAGCUGGACCAACUGUUCAGCUUGCUCUACACAGGGCCCCUGCAUGUCCCACUUCUCACUCCCUGCCCCAUUCCUCCCAUGGAAUUAGUAUUUCUGUUCCACCCCAUCUAACCCAGCCUGACCAGAACGAAUGAUGAGCAUUUUGGAGGCUCAGCUCUUGAGUGUCUUCACUAGCUGCUCUUGCCAGUAUCACAGUUCUGGGUCUGUGUGGAGGGAAGAGAACUGGGCCUGCUCCAACCUAAUUUCCCCUCAGAGGUGGAGCCAGGCAUCCACAGCAGGCCUUGUGGAGACGACCAGAGGGACUUAGACUGUCACAUGAGCCUUGUCAUGGGUUGGGAAUUCCAAAGACACGGUUUGCAAGGCAGCAUUUGCAGUGAAGUACAUGGCUGUGUAUACAUAGGGAACCACACUGGGGCAGGCUCCCUUGCCCUCCUAUUCACAACUCUUCCUGGGAUAGGGAAUGCCCAUGGGGGUUCAGUGCAACUGCUGGUUUCAAACUAGGAUGCUGAACAUUUCUGUCCGGACACAAGCCUGUCCUGGGAGGGUGGGGGGAGGAUGCUUUAAGGAAACUGGUUAGUUAAUGUUGUCUUAAUAUUGUUGACAAUUCUGUAAAGUUCCUUUUUAUGACUUUCUGUUUAAGCUAUUUCAUCUUUAUUUUGAAAUCCUUCCCUUUUAAGGAGAAAAUGUGACACUUGUGAAAAUGCUUAUAAGAAAGCCCCUCCCCCUUUCCUUUAAAUGACAAAUCUAGGUGAUUAAGGUUGUGAAUUUUUAUUUUUGCUUUGUUUUUAAUGAACAUAUGUCUUUCAGAAUAGGAUUGUGUGAUGUUUAAAUGACAAAAACAUGAUUUUGUGCAAUUAACAAAGCUACUGCAAGAAAAAUAAAACAUUUCUUGGUACCACA